CAGAUUUUGCAAAAAUUUAAAGCAGUCAAGCAUAAGGAAAUAGAGAAAUGAAGAAAAACUUGAUUAUAAAAAAUUUACAUAGAUUAACAACAUAUUAACUAUGAAUUUAUAAAACAUAGAAAUAAAAAAAAUUGCUGCAAAAAAUAAUUUUCUGUAACACGAAUAAAUUAAUUGCCAAUAAUAAUAUUUCAAAAAUGAAUUUACAAGAAAUCUAUAGUACCGCCAUAACAGAAACUGUAGCUGCCGUUAUGGAUCCCUCUAUGGCUGUCAGUUAUAAUAAUAUGAAAAAUAAUAAUACAAUUUAUUCCUACGAUACCUCAGCCCCCUCGGGUUGGACAGGUGAUGGUGGUGGAGGAGGAGGUGGCGGGGGUAGUGGUAGUGUUGGUGCUAACAGUGCCAGUGGUAGUGUUGCUUAUGAAGCUAGUGGAGAUGUAUUUAUCAAUUCAGCCAGCAAUUAUCUUAAUACACUCGAUGGCGGUAUAAACAACAAUACAAGACAUGGUCCUAUGAAUUUUUCUGAUUUAUAUUAUGGCGAAGAGCGUUGUCAGAAUUUUGAUUUUUUAACAAAUCAAUCGUAUUGGAAUGUAACUUGUGAUUCACCUGUAGAAUACAUUGUACCUUUAUAUGGCUAUAGUAUGCCAUUCCUGCUGAUAACAACAGUACUAUCGAAUUCAUUGAUUGUUUUGAUAUUGAGUAAAAAGAAAAUGUCAACGCCUACCAAUUUUGUACUAAUGGGUAUGGCUAUUUAUGACAUGUUAACGGUGAUAUUUCCUGCUCCUGGUAUUUGGUAUAUGUACACAUUUGGUAAUCAUUAUAAACCGCUGCAGCCGGUGUCAGUGUGUUAUAUUUAUCAAAUAUUAAAUGAGAUAAUGCCUACAAUGUGUCAUACGGCCUCAAUAUGGUUGACUCUGGCUUUGGCUGUGCAAAGAUACAUCUAUGUUUGUCAUGCCCCCAUGGCCCAUACCUGGUGUACGAUGCCGCGCGUAAAGCGCUGUACCCUCUAUAUAACCAUAGCAGCUUUUCUGCAUCAAAGUACGAAACUACUAGAUCACACUUUCGAACCAGUUCAAAUACAUUGGGAAGGACAAGUGGUAGAAGUUUGUCAUAUGCGUACCGCUAACUGGGUGGAUGAUUAUAUUGGCGAGGAUUUAUAUUAUACAUCAUAUUUUCUAUUUCGAGUGAUAUUUGUACAUCUAGUGCCGUGCAUAAUGUUGGUCACCCUCAAUAUACUGCUAUUUGCAGCCAUGCGUCAGGCCCAGGAAAGAAGAAAACUACUCUUUAGGGAGAAUCGCAAAAAGGAAUGCAAGAAACUGAGAGAAAGCAACUGUACAACACUAAUGUUAAUAGUGGUGGUGACAGUAUUCUUAAUUGUAGAGAUACCCAUAGCAGUAGUGACAGCCAUGCAUAUUGUUUCGUCUUUGUAUAUUAAUUUCAUGGAUUACGAUAGUGCCAACAUUUUAAUAACAUUCACGAAUUUCUUCCUAGUUGUCAGUUAUCCCAUUAACUUUGGCAUCUAUUGUGGCAUGUCGCGUCAAUUCCGUGAGACUUUCAAGGAGAUCUUCUUGGGCAGCAUGGCUGUAAAGAAAGAUAAUUCGUCCAAGUAUUCUAUUGUUAAUGGACCACGUACUUGCACGAACACCAAUGAGACUGUACUCUAGUAAAGGUUUCUUCUAAUGCCGUUUCGAAAAAGUUGGAAACAACGGAGACGGCAUUCAAGUUUUUGCAGCAGUGUCACAGAAAUACCAGUGGGUGGUGGAAGAGGUGAUACCACAGCCACCACCAGUAUAAGUGCUUGUGGCGUAGGAGGUGCUGGUGGUGCUAGCAGUAGUAGUGGUGGUAUUAUAAGUCAUAGAAAUAGUGUAACUAAUAUAGAUGGCGGUGCUGCAAGACGCUGUAGUGAACAGCAUCAGCAACAUUUUGUUGUGAUGGAUAUUAUCAACGAGGAUAAAGUGGAAGUUUAGAUUUUAAGAGUAUAUCCAUUUUUCUUGGUAUAAACUAGUAUUAAAAAAUACAACAACUAUAAAAUAACAAUAGCAGCAGAGUAAUAUUAAUACAACACAAACAUUUAUAUAUAAAAAAAGUAAUAUCUUUAAGUUUGGUGGUUUUGACAAUUGUAUUAUAGUUAUGAAAGAGUACUUGUUAAGUAAAUGUGUGUCUGUAACUCUAUACAAAAUAUUUGUUAUAUUUCUAAGGUUUAUUUAUAAGCUUUAUUUGUACUUUAUGUAAGUAAAUACUGUAAUAAUAGUUAAUAGGCUUUUAUUUAUUACAUUUUAUUUUCUCAUACUAUUUAUUAUAUAUUUAAAAAUUUUGUUAGUAGAAAGAGGCAGAAAACAAAAAGAAAUUUAAUUCGAAUUUAUUACUAUAUUUUUUAUAUACAAAUUAAGUAAAUUUUAAUGAAAAUGUAUAAAGAGUUUAAAAGGAGUGCUAUUGUUUUGAAUUUAUAAUUGCUAUAUAGUCUGUAAUUGAAGAUUUGAGUGUGUUAAUUGAAAGUUUCGGCAUUUAACUAAAUACUGCAAAUAUGAAUCUCAAAAUUUUUUAAAAUAUAAUUGCCGGUUGUUUAAACUAUUUUAAAUUAAAGUUUUAAGCUAAAUGCAGGGAAGGGAUUAAGAGUGCGUUCCGAAUUAUUAUUUCUGACUUGAAGGCGCUUUCAAAAACAACAAUUACAUAUGUAUAUGAAGUGUAAGACAUAUUUUAAUUGGUGCAAUAUAGCAUGGUUUACAAUAGUAAAUAUGUUUUAUGUUGAAAUCUGCCAUCAAAUCAACACAUCAACCUGUAGCUUAGUACUUUAACAUAGCCUAUAAUAAAAACUUAUCUAACCUAUAGUCUAGUAUAUAGUAUAGUCUUUUGCUUGUUAGUUUGUUGAGCUCAAACAGUCAAGUAGAGUCGAGCGCAAUUCGUUUUAACACAACAGCUUCACUCUUCAUAUGUAGUAUUAUUUAUUAGAUACAGCAUGCAGCAGAGUGAAACCUCUGGAGGUCAUUAACUGUUGACCCAGAAAUUUAGCUUACCAAAGUUGGAUAUGAAGCAGUUGCCAACUAAUCUUUCUCCUGGCGGCUAGUGCAGAACAUUCGCGGAGAAAAUGGAACCGUUUUUUUCAUUUUCCUUGCAACUGCCACAGUAUUUAUUGAAGGGGAGAUCAAGCAGACCUUGCGUCUAGUGUCUAGAUAUUACUUCCAGAAGUCUCAAUAUGUCCCAUAAAUACCGGGUUAUAUACUGCCUAGUGCGUUUCUUAUUAAAAGAAGGCCAACAUUAACACAUCUACAGUCUAAAUGAUAGGCAAUUUUCUAGUUUAGUCAAUAGUCUCGUCUAUAGUCUAGUCUAUAGUAAAGUCUAUAGUUAAAGUCUUGUGUGUAGUCUAGUCUAUAGUUUUCUCCACAGACUAGCCUUGUAGU